AUCGAUAAUUAUUUUGUGGGCGAUACUGUCAGAUUAUGCGAUCGAUUAUAGGUUAAGCACUUUAAAAAAUGUCAAAAUAAAAUAGUGUUUUUGCUAUUAUAUUUUUAAUAAACAAUGAAUUCAAGAACAAAAUGUAAAAUAAACUCAGAUGGUAGUGUUUGUUUAUCAACUAUUUUAAACUCAUUUAACUCAUCAAUCAAAGAAGAACAUGCUUGGGCCCUGUGUUAUCAAAUCGCCAAAUACUUUGAAGAAUGUCUUCAGGCACAUAAACAAAAUUCAUAUAUUAUUACUGAGGUACAACAUGUUUACUUAAAAACCGAUGGAACGGUACAUGAAAAUACAGGAAUAGUGAGUGAUACCUCUAGGAGAUUACCACAAAAUGAAAUAGAUAUUAUUAAGGGAAUAGGGGUAGUUAUUUAUGCGGCACUAGAUUCAGAAAUUCAAAAUGGUGAAGAGAAAGUAAUAAGUUACGAUCUUGAGCAGCUUAUUAGUGAUUUAAUAGCAGAUGACUGGAAUAACACUGACCAUAACCAUCAUGAAACUGAUGAUGAAGGUAUAGAAAGAGAUUCAGAUGAGGAUCCAAAUACAUCAAGACUUGUAGAUCAUAUAACUUUGAAAGAAGUGAUUAGAAGGUGUGAAAGUCAUCUAGGAUAUUUAACUAAAGCUCAGGCAGAGGCACAUUAUAAAGCAGUAGUUAGGGCUCUCGUAGCCGAAGCUAUUGAACUAUCGACAUUUUUAGAAAAAGUGGCUCAAGGCAGCAUAAGUUUACCAUCUAGUAGUACCAGUGAUCAAUUGGAGUUUUCAGAUUGGGCUAAAUUUUGGGUGCAAGUUAUGAAUGAACUCAGGACGGGAGUUAAACUCAAAAAAGUAAAUUUCACAAAAGCUCCUAUAGAAUAUGAAUUAACCCCUUACGAAGUUUUAAUGAAGGAUAUACGAAGUUGUAAAUAUAAUUUAAGAAAAAUUAUGAUCAAUGGAGAUGUACCUUGUAGAGUAACCAAAGAUGCUCAUGCUAUUAUUUUAGAAUUCAUUAGAUCGAGACCACCCUUAAAAAAGGUGUCAGACAGAAAAAUUGUACCUCAACCAAGAGUUUUAACUCCUCGUGAACAACUUUUGAACUCAAUCAGGAAGGGGAGGAAACUCAGACCUGUGCCAACACCACGAAAAUUCUGUUUUAGUACUUCCAAAUUUAAACUUGAUGUAUCAAAUGCUUCUACUUCAGCAGAAGUAAUGACACCUCCAAAACCAGCUGUUAGGAAAUUGAUAAAAGUUGAUUUUUCACAAUUUGAAGAUGAUAACGAUGAUGAUAUAGCAGAUACUCCAGAUUCUGCAACUGAACCAGGUUUGUGGUCAAGUGAAUAUCCAGAAAUUUCAGACACUUCUCUAGUAGAUGUUUAUGAUUUGGCUACACAAACAUAUGCCAGAAAUCCACCUCGACGUAACACUCUAGAAGUCGUUGAUACCAACAAUGGGUGUUAUUCUGUACCACAAUCUCGACCAUGCUCAAGACAAUCAUGCAAUAGUUCUGAAACUGAAUCAGUUCAGCUAGAACCAGAGGUAGCUAGACAAAUACAAGAUGAACUUACCUGUUCUCAAACUUGGCAAGAUACCAUAUCUUUAGAUGAUAGACUCUCUUUAACAUUAGCUGAAAUUGUCCAUAUUCGUACUGUACUUACGAAGGCUGAAUUAGAUGCUCUACCAGUAGAAGGCAAGGUAAGACACGAUGUAGAAGCACGAAAAGUAUGUUUUCUGUGUUUAAAAACGCGUUUCGGUAUAUUCGGUCCUUGGGGUCAAAGAUGCACUCUUUGUAAACGCACAGUAUGCACCAAAUGUAGCUGUAAAAUGAAUAUUCCAAUGGAACAUUUCUCCAGCGUUCCUGUCGUACUAUUGAGUCCAAGUAUAAUGUGUUCACCGGAAGAUGAUAAUCAGUCAAUUGCCAAAUCUUUAGUGAACAAACUAUCGGAUACUAGUCCUAGUUCGAGAGAUGUCAGUCCUGCUGGAAGUAGACCUGGAUCUAGUAUGGAAACUACAGAAUCGGGUGGUCUUGGGAAAUUUCGGACGAGGGCUGCAGUUGUUGGAAGAAUUAAUCGAGCUUCCGAAAGGUUUAAACAUUCUCAGAUGAUGGUAUGCCAGGAUUGCAAAACGAUGGUGCUUCAAAUAAUAAAAUCUGCAAGAGCGAAUAGAUCGGCAAUUAGAAAUAAGACCAUUCAGAGUUUAACCCUUAACCUAUCACCCGUAUUUUAGAAAAAAUUUUCAAAAUUAUUCGACCUUUGUAGAUAUGUAAAAAAAUGGUAAAAAUUCAAAAUAAAAA